GCGGGCGCCAUGUGGCCGCGGCUGAGCCUCUUUCCUCCGCAUCCGCAGACGCCAUGGCCGCGCAGGGAGAGCCCCAGGUCCAGUUCAAACUGGUGUUGGUGGGCGACGGCGGCACCGGGAAGACCACGUUCGUGAAGCGGCACCUGACGGGCGAGUUCGAGAAGAAGUACGUAGCCACCCUGGGCGUGGAGGUGCACCCGCUGGUCUUCCACACCAACCGCGGCCCCAUCAAGUUCAACGUGUGGGACACGGCGGGCCAGGAGAAGUUCGGCGGGCUGCGCGACGGCUACUACAUCCAAGCCCAGUGUGCCAUCAUCAUGUUCGACGUGACAUCGAGGGUGACUUACAAGAACGUGCCUAACUGGCACAGAGAUCUGGUCCGCGUGUGUGAGAACAUCCCCAUUGUGUUGUGUGGCAACAAGGUGGACAUUAAGGACCGGAAAGUGAAGGCAAAAUCCAUUGUCUUCCACCGAAAGAAGAACCUUCAGUACUACGACAUCUCUGCUAAGAGCAACUACAACUUCGAGAAGCCCUUCCUCUGGCUGGCCAGGAAGCUCAUCGGGGACCCCAACCUGGAGUUCGUCGCCAUGCCUGCGCUGGCCCCGCCAGAGGUGGUCAUGGACCCAGCCCUGGCCGCACAGUAUGAGCACGACCUGGAGGUUGCUCAGACGACCGCGCUCCCGGACGAGGAUGACGACCUGUGAGAAUGACGCUGGAGCCCACGUCAGAAGUCUAGUUUUAUAGGCGACUGUCCUGUGACGUCAGCGGUGCAGUGCGUGUGCCACUUGUUACUAGCUCAGCAGAACGUGUGCUUCAUCUUUGGGAUGCUGAAGGAGACGAGUGGGCUUCGGAGUGAACGUGGCAGUUAAAAAAAACCUUCAUUUUUGGACCUGCAUAUUUAGCUGUUUUGGAACGCAACUGUUUCCUUAUUAUUGAGUUUCAAAUAGAAGACUGCUACCGUCACAUCCCAAUACUCAGUGGCGAAACCUUGUUUGUCAUUCCCAUUCCUUUCGUUUAGAAUCAGAAUAAAGUUGUAUUUCAAAUAUCUAA